AUGGCGGACUCUAAGGAGACCAAAUUGCAUCAGAUUACAACAUAUGCCAAACAGCGCUAUCCAGCGUAUUUCAGGCUUGCACAACUUCUGAAAGAGGAGCUUACGCACCUGAUUCAACCAGUGGCCCCGCAUGCUCUCGUGCAGACCCGACCAAAGUCCGUCUCCAGCUUCGCAGAGAAGAUCUUUCGAAAACCACACCACGACCCCUGUGCCGAAUACACAGACCUGUGCGGGGGCCGAGUAAUCACGCAUACAACUGAUGAAGUCCAGGGCGUCGUCAGGGCCCUGAGGGAUCGGUUCGAGAUCGAUGCGGAGAACUCGGUUGACCAUACGCACCGUCUCCAAUCCAGGGAGUUUGGAUACCGGUCUGUCCAUUACAUCGUGCGAUUCAGAAGGGGCGACUUCAAGCCAGGGUAUGAAAACAUCAGGGACAUGGAGAAUCCGCGCGCCGAGAUCCAAGUGCGGACUUUGCUCGAGCAUGCGUGGGCAGACAUCUCGUACGAGUAUGCGUACAAGCCGGACUUCCAGAUGCCCAGGGAGCUCCAACGCGAGGUCUAUUGUGCGGCGGCCAUUCUUGAGGAGUCAGACGAGGUGUUUUCGCGAGUCCGCAAGGGCCUGACCUCGUACAAGGGCCAUUACCGAACGUACAUGAGCCAAGAGGAGAUCUUGAAACAGAUCGACCUCCUGCAAUUUGUUCUAUGCACCGACGAGGCAUCGCAGUCUGAGAGAGUUGGCCUGGCCGCUAGAAUUGGAUCUCUGGCAGUGGAGCUUGAGAAACCCGAUGUUUGGGCUGGCGCUGUCGAGAUCCUAUCCAAGGCCGCGGCGGAGCCCCCUAGCGUCGAAAGUCCGGUGGUUUUUCUUCGAUUGGGAGUCUUGACGUGCAACCUGCACUCGCCGGACAGUCCAGAAUACGGUGAGGGACAGAAACACCUGCAGAAAGCGAUUGACCUCGCCCCGUCGGAUAUCGAGGCCCACAUUGCUCUUGCACGCACAUUUGAGGAUCGCGGGGACAACGACAGUGCCCGGAAGCACUACUCAGAUGCAUUCUCGAUCGACCCUUCCAAUCCUGGAGUUCUCAGCAGGUUUUUGGGUCUGGAGCUUAGCACCAAUGAGUCCCCCUCGACCAUUCGCUAUCUUCAGCCCGUUAUUCGGACGGCCAUAUCGCGAUCCCGCGAGCAGAUCAACGUCAGAGUCAAUCUUCCAUGGGCGUACUAUGAUACUGGAUUCUUCCACGUGCUUCUAGAGGAGUGGGAGCCCGCCUUGACUUCUUACUGUCAGGGGUUGAACAUCACCAACACAGAAUACGUGGCCACCAGAUCUGCCAAGUUGCUCCGGUCAUUGGAAUCAGAUGCAGUGCCUGAGAGGCUGCGGUGGACCGUGAAUCAGGCACUGGUACUUAUAGGUUUAUUCUCAAAGAGGUUUGGAUGGGAAGUAGACACGCCGUACGAUUUCAAGCUCACCGGGCCUGUGGUGAUAAUCUCGGGAUCAAGGACGGAUCUGGAUGAGCAAUCUCGCCAGCUACAUGAACGAAUACUCCGUCCCUUCCUUCUACACUUUAGCGGCAUGGUCAUAAUCGAGGGAGUAACCUCCGGCAUAAGCAAGAUCGUCGGCAAGGUCUUCACUGAGAACCCCAGCCUCUCCAGUGCCAUCGACCUAGUGGGCUAUGUGCCUCGCGGUGUCCCAUACAACAUACCCAACGAUAUCCGCCACUACAAGAGGAUUAUCACGGUGGACGAAGAGGAGUACUCUCCGCGGCUCCCUUUGCAAAAGUGGUCCGACAUUCUACGAUCACAGAUCGAUAUUGCCAGCGUCAAGAUCCUUGGAAUUGGCGGCGAUAGGGUCUCGGGGUUCGAAUACCUGAUGGCCGCCGCACUCGGAGCAGAAGUGGGCCUUCUAAAGGGGAGCAAAGGGAAAGCAGAUUCGAUACUGGAGGAUGAGGCCUGGAAACACUCGAAAUCCCUGAUCUCGCUGCCUCAGGAUCCGAUGACAAUCUCUGUCUUCCUCGCCCCUCAAUCCGGUAGGAUGAAAGACAGCUACCGCGAGGACAUCGCACGAGCCAUACACGAGCAUUACCAGCACGACCAACGGAGAUUGUUACCAGCCAACAUGGCAUCAUGGGACGACCUGGUCGAACACCUGAAGGAAUCAAAUCGUCUUCAGGCGGACCACAUUGCCGACAAGCUGCGGCUUAUGGGAUGCGAGAUUCGCCCGAAGCCGGAAGGAUACGCUUACCCCCUGGUUCGGAAACUGAAGCCAGACGAGGUAACCAGAAUGGCAGAGCAGGAGCAUGCCAGGUGGAAUUGCGAGCGGCUGAGAGAUGGAUGGGUUUGGGGACCGGAAAAGGAUAUCAUGGGCAAGAUCAGUCCGUACAUCGUGAGCUGGGAACAGUUACCGGAUGAUGUGAGGGAAUGGGACCGUCAAGCUGUUGCACGGAUCCCUCGGCUACUGGCAGAGGUUGGUCUCCAGAUCCAGGAUAUUGGUGGCUGA